GCCGAUUGUACUACGCAAGCGAUCGCAGCUGGCAAGCAGCGCGCACGCGCUAGUGUCAGUAGGAGAGAGCAUCUCAACAAAAGCGACAGCAGCGGGGAAACCCCUCGCGUAGCUAGCACCCUGUCUGAAACGCCGCGUUGACGGGCAAGUGCUGGCCUUCGCUCUUUGCGUGCCCACAUCGUUCCCGAGCACAAGUGCGCGGCUGGCUGCUGUCGUCGUCGUUUUAUCUCGUGGUCGCCCUCUUCGACAAGCAGCUGAGAGGCGCGCGAGCUGAGGUCGUUCCUGUUCCUUUGUUGUUCGCAGCUGCCAAACACCCCUUGCUCUGGUUGCGAACGCGCGAAGCGUCAACGAUAUGACUUUCCUGGAUGUGAACGUGCGAAACCCCAUCGUCCACCAAGUAAAAGGGGAUGUUUACACGUCAUAUGACAUUUCUAUUGAGACGAACAACAGCUGCUUCACCAUGUCCCGUUCGACGGUUCGAAGGAGGUACUCGGAGUUCGUUCACCUGAAAAGCCUACUCAAGGAAUUGCAGCCUUCCUUGACUCCGCCUCGCCUUCCAUCGAAGACACUGUUGAAAAGAUUCGACGACAAGUUUACAGAAAACCGACGUGCAGGACUCGAGACUUUCCUGCGAGAGGUUCUGACAGAGCCGCUCUACCUCUCCAACAAGAGCUUGCACCUGUUCAUUCAGACUAGUUUGACCAUGAAGGAAAUCGAAGACGUCGUCAGAGGCACGGAAGGCGCCUACACACCAGAGACCAAACCGCCCAUAGUGCUCGCACUGCACGAUGAAGUCUUUGAAGAGACUGGAAACAGCGACAGUGCGUACAAUUCCGCGGCCGAGGAAGUCGUCACGGAAGGCAGUGCCACGGCCGCACCCCGAGGAAUCCUCCGCAAAUCUGGCAGCGUCACCAUGCUUCACAGUUCCAAGUGCUGCAGCGGCAACGGCCACUGCCACCUUCGCAUCGGCUCCAACAUCUGCGUCUGCACGCCGACACUUUAUCCGCCGUCUUGGGACAGGAGCGACGACAGCGGCAUUCUACAGAGCCUUCCCUGUCCGCUGCCCAGUACCAGCACGCCCAUUCCAGCUUCGGAUACCAACAAGGGCAUGGGUACCUUCGACAGCUGCCACAGCGAAGGCGCCAGCCCAGAUCUUCGGUCCAGUGUCUUGAGGCUGCGGACGAGCGCCAGCGAUUCAUGCCUGGAGACAAUGGGCAGCAGCUUGAAGAAGCACGUGUCCUUCUCGAGCGCCAUCGAAAUAAUCGACAGGGAGAAGCACGGACGUCGCAACGUGGCGCUGUCGCCGCCGGUUGCUGCCGCCUUCGCGGACGUCAAGGCCUCCCUUUCUUUUUGUUCCUCUUUGCCUGGCGAACGCACGUCUAGUUCCUGAAACGAGCACAACCGAUCACGUCGCGCAACAUUGCUCAGAGCAUUGUACGGGUCUAUGCCGCGUUUGCAAACACGCGAGCCAAUCGGGAGCGCUGAACGAUCGCAGUGGGUCUGACUUGCCACGCCUGAAACUGUUCUAGUCACCGAAUACUCAUCACUCUAAAUUAGCACUCCAUAACGCGAGACCGUUCACAUGAUGCGUUUGGCCGUUCGUGAGCUGUAGCCAGCCCCUAGCAUCUUCGGCAUUUCUUCCCGGAAUUAGCUACAUCUAGCGGCAUUUUAGGAGCAUCUAUAGCGCAACAAAGGUGCUUGCUACAGCGCAUGCGUAAAAUGCGGCUGCAACGCCACUGAACGCCAACUUUUUUUUUUUUUUUUGAUGUGCAGCAUUUACAGCGAGGUUCUUUAGUGUAGACAUUACAUGUAGGAAACCAUGGUUAUGAAACAUACUCUUUAUUACGAAAACGGCAAUUUUCUCCCGCAAGCGAAAUCUUGAUUUUUACGCGAAGAGCGACUUAUUGUUGUGAAUGGCUCGCCUUCACUUCAGUUGUCGCAACACCCUCAGCUUAGAGCCGACGCUAUGGCGCUAAUGGAACGCACUUUAGAAAGCUACCCGAACUGCGAAUGCUCAGCGCCCACAACUGGCUCGUGUGUUCGCAAAUGCGACGUAGAUCUCGAUAGCUCUCUUAUAUAGAGUUGGCGACGUGCGUUGCACGUGUGGACUCCCUUUACUUACUCGCACAUAUUUCUGCUCGAGAAUGGUCUUGCGUCCUGUGGAACUUGCAACGUGUCAUUAGUGUAUCAUCGUGGUUGGACCAUCACUACAAAAGUGUUGAAGGGCACGCUGCGAUGCCCUCGCAAUUUUGCUUCACCACAUGGAUGACCACACACGUGCGGCCGUCCACACAACCUCACCGGUAGUGUAACCUCGCGACUACCUCGAAGGUUACGAAUGACGACUACAUGCCUCAGCGAUUGGCACUGCACCUUUAUAUUUUGACAUCUUCCCGCUCGGGACAUGGGUGCGACAUUUUUCGACUCUUGCCUAUUGGUAGCUGUUUAAUGUUCAGCGUUUGCUUCUGCCGUAUAUGUAACAAGUGCCAUCCUUUGCUUCUGAUCGAUAACCGUGUUUAGUGUGAAAAUCGACUUCGACGGGAGGACAUGUGCGCGCAAAUGCAGGAGCUCUAGCCGCUUGUGCAUUUCGCUGUGAUAUUUUGACAAGCUUGACAAUUUGUCAGGCUUCAUGUGGUACUGUUUGAUGCUCACCAGACGUGGUAAUCUUGUGCUUUAGAGCGAUAUACCUCAAAUACUUGCAUGCCGUAAGAGAUGUAACUUGUAUGACGCGUGUGUGUGUUUUUUUUUUUUGUCACACUGAUGUACUACUCUUUGACCAGACUGCUAAGUUAUCUGCAUGCGAGUAUUACGUACACUGCCAAUAUUGACCGCGUUCGUUACAGGCGCUUGUCGUGGGCGUCGUUAUGUCGGUUAUGAUUUCCAUAAAUGACUCAACACUAUAGAGCUUUCGAAAACACAAACAAGACAAUAGCAUUAACGUAUGCUAAAUAUUGACACCGUUCAUAUUUGUAUGGAAGCCCUGGACGCAUUGUUUGAUGGUUAGAAUAGUCAACGGGUCCGUGAGUUGUGCCAUAUUGUUUUCAGUCAUCUGUGUACAUAGUUCACGUAUUGAGUUUUAACUUAAAUAACUUAAAUUCAUCACUGCAACGAUUAUACAUAUUGCAGUCGCUAUCUGUCAUGCCACAUUUUAUACCGAGAACAUUUUUUGUUCUCAAGUGUUACGCAUCACAUUGACUUAAUGUAUUAACCAUAUACAUUCCAUGUGCAAAUAAAGUUCUAGCGUGUGCAACCAGUA